UAAGAAAUGGCUACUUCAAACUCCUCUUCAGGGGAUGAGUUUAUUCUUGAAGGGUUAACAAAACGCCCAGAGCUUCAGCUGCCACUCUUCCUGCUGUUCCUCGGAGUGUAUGUGGUCACUGUGGUGGGGAACAUUGGCAUGAUCCUCUUAAUUGCUGUCAGUCCUCACCUCCACUCCCCCAUGUACUAUUUCCUCAGUCACUUGUCCUUCAUUGAUCUCUGCUACUCCUCGGUCAUUACUCCUAAGAUGCUGGUGAACUUUGUGUCAGAGAAGAAUGUCAUCUCCUUCCUGGAGUGCAUGGUCCAGCUCUACUUCUUCCUGGUGUUUGUAAUCGCAGAAGGCUACCUUCUGACGGCCAUGGCAUAUGACCGCUAUGUUGCCAUCUGUAGUCCACUGCUUUACCACAGCGUCAUGUCCCAGAGGGUCUGCUCUGUCAUGAUGGCUGUGGUGUACUCACUGGGUCUGUUUGGGGCCACAGUCCACACUGCCCGCAUGUCAGUUCUGUCCUUCUGUGGGUCUCACUCUGUCAGCCAUUACUUCUGUGAUAUCCUCCCCUUGUUGACCCUCUCUUGCUCCAGCACCCACAUCAACGAGACGCUGCUGUUUGUUAUUGGAGGAGUUAAUACCUUGGCACCCACACUGACCGUCCUCAUCUCUUAUGCUCUCAUCCUCGCUAACAUCCUCCGCAUUAGCUCCACUGAGGGACGAUCAAAAGCCUUUGGCACUUGUAGCUCCCAUCUCACUGCUGUGGGCAUAUUUUUUGGGUCUAUAACAUUCAUGUACUUCAAGCCCCCUUCUAGCAAUACUAUGGAACAAGAGAAGGUGUCCUCCGUGUUCUACACCACAGUGAUCCCCAUGCUGAAUCCCCUCAUCUACAGCCUGAGGAACAAGGAUGUGAAGAAGGCACUGAAGGCAGUGGUGGGAGGACGCAAUCAUCUUGAUUAA